AUGGCGAAUCUUGCAAACACCGUAGAGGCAAAUACUGCUGCGACUCUGCAAGCUGUGCAGAGGUUAGGCCAACCGGCUGGAAACGGAAACAGAGAAGGAAACGGGAACGAUAAUGCAGAAGGAAAUGGUGACAACAUGGGAGGUGCUCUGAUGACUUUGCCUACUUUUCUCAAGGUUCAUCCGCGAAGCUUCAGAGGUUCAACCAACCCUACAGAACCGGAUAAUUGGUUUCAGGCCAUGGAGCGUGCGUUACAAGCACAGCAUGUUCCGAAUAUCCAAUAUGUAGAGUUUUCUGCGUAUAAGCUUUUAAGAGAGGCCCAGCAUUGGUGGCAAGGAGAGUGCCACUUGCUACAGCUUCAGAAUGUUGAUCUGAAGCAAGGUUCCUUGUCUGUGGCGGACUAUACUAGCCAAUUUGAGGAGCUCUGUAGGUUCUCUAGGGCGUGUCAGGGUGUCCCGGAGACCUAUAAAAGUUGGAAGUGCAUCAAGUAUCAAAGGGGCUUGAAGGAUAACAUCAUGACUGCUGUGGCUCCUUUGGAGAUUCGGAUUUUCUUGGGUCUGGUGAACAAGGCAAGAGUUGUUGAGGAAUAUGCACAGACGGUAGCCUCGUCAAGGGACACUCGUGGAGGAAACACUAGUAAGGAACGUGAUGAUUACCUUGGACCAAGGGGACAACACUUCAAGAGAAACGGUGAGGGGAAGCAGUCAAGAGCUUACUCCCAUGAUAUGAAAUGUCAGGAGUGUGGGAACUACCACCCGAAUAAGCCCUGCCGGUUGGGUAUGAAACUAUGUUACAAGUGUGGCGCACCGGGACAUUUGGUUUUGAAAAGUAUUACAAAAUUGGCAUUUGGUUUAAAGGGAAGAAUUUUCGGAUUCUUAAUGACGAUAAUCAGAGUGACGCAGCGGAAGCUCAGAGGGAAACAAAUUUUGGUUACUGAGGAAGCAAUUGAAGAUAUCCUCCAGCUCCUACCUAAAUCCGAUCAGUCGGAUGGUUACCAGAAAGCUGAAGAGGAUAUGAGAUUUAUGAGGUUUGACUGGGACGCAGUAAAGCGGACUAUAACUCUUGAUCCUACUGCCCCAUGGGUCAUGGGCAAGUCCACAGUGGCCCCAAAGGGAAUAAAGCUUAUCUAUCUGAAUGAUGAGGCUCGGCUUUGGUAG